CUCAAGAAGUAGCUGGGAUGAUCGGACUUCUGCGUGUGAAGACUUCGGGAAGUCUCGAUGGGCUUUGCAUUCAAAUCAACUCUAUUCAAUGUUGUACCGUAUUUUACAUGAUGCCGCCAAGUUUGCCGCUGACCACCUCCCUUCCUAUACCGUGUAGGUACCUACUCACUGCAACCACAGAUCGUUACGCGAUUAUUCAUCUCAGAUAUCACUAAUGUCUUAGUCAACUGUCCUCCGCUAUGUCUCUUCGUCAGCUUCACAUAUACUACUUCACACCAAAGCGUCUUCUCAGUUGCUGACUGCUUUGCGGCUUGAUACGAAACGCUUCCCCCGAACGGCCAAUGUCGCCUCCGGAUGAGAACAGCCUGAAAUCGGUGUCCAGAACACUUUCUAUAAACGGUAGCCAGCUAGUCGACGCGACAGUACUAGGCGAUUUCUGGUCCGUAAGCAGAGAUGAUACCACCAGGCCCACUCGUAAAUCUACCAAUACCACUGUCCAUCUUCAUGGUGUCGGUUGCAAUGCCCAGCCAGGCUAUGAACGGAGCUGGAGCAGAGCACUAUCAGGGCGGAACGGCAAAAUACGACGUCAAAACCUUCACGCCUAGACGAUGAAAACAGACUCUCUGGAUCUGUUUGACUACUUGAAGAGCUCAUGAGGUCUGGAUGGCUUGACGGGAUCCCACAUCUCAUUAUCCACAGACAACUGUGAAACAAAGAUUCUCAGCUUGCAACUACCACGUACAUCAUGAGUUCAUGGACAAAUAUAGAAGAGGAGCACGCACGCACCGGAACGGUGGUCAUAGCUGGAGCAGGGCCCAUAGGCUUGCUUGUGGCCACCGUUCUCUCCCACUAUGGCGUCCGAUCGAUCCUGCUGGAACGCAAUCUCUCGACCACGCAAUGGCCGAAGAUGGAUCUAACAAACACAAGGUCCAUGGAGAUACUGCGCAGACUGGGUCUCGCGUCAGCCUUGAGAGAGCAGGGCGUCCCCUCGCACUUCCCACUCCCAGUGCUGUUCUCCUCGGGCCUGACCGCCCACGAACCGAUCACGCGCUGGGAUCUUCCGAGCGUCGACGAGUUCCGGAGGCACAUUCUCGCGAACAACGAUGGUGCACAGCCGUUGGAGCCAUACCAGCGUAUCUCCCAGGUCAUAUUCGAAAAGUGGCUCAAGAAUAUCUGCGACAAAGACCCACUUAUUGACGUCCGCUUUGGCUGGGCUGUUAGGGCAGUCGAUGAAGAGCGUGACAAGGCGCAGGUCACAGUCGAAAACACCCAGAAUGGAAACACGGUGAUCAUUACAGCCGACUACUUGAUCGGCUGUGACGGUGCCUCCAGCCAGACGCGAAAGUCCAUGGGUUUUGCCCUGGAUGGCGGUCCGAUCCCAGUGUGCGCACUCCUAGUCCACUUUAAAUCACGCGAUCUCGCUCGAAUUCAGAAACAAGGGCAAUUCUGGCACAUCUUUCUCCUCACGCCGCCCGGGCAAUUCGGUGGCGCCAUCAUCGCACAAGACGAAAUUGACACUUGGACGGCCCACCUGUUCCUACCUCCUGACGCCGACGCCUCGCAGAUCGACUCCCGCGACGCAGUUUACCAACUCCUCGGUGGGCUAGGCUCAAAAUACGAGAUCGACAUCGACGAGAUUCUUGUGCGGUCCGUGUGGCGGCCAACUGUAGGCGUCGCGCAGACAUGGACAGGACCGAACUGCCGCGUGUUCAUUGCAGGCGAUGCGGCGCACCAGACUAUCCCGACUGGGGGCUACGGAAUGAAUACAGGCAUUGGUGACGCGUACGACAUGGGGUGGAAACUCGCGGCUGUGAUCAAUGGACAGGCCGGGCAGGAACUUUUGCGAUCGUACGAGCAAGAACGCAAGCCCGUGGCGGCGAAGAACGUGGAGCACUCCGGGGAGCAUUUUAGAGUGCAUGGUGAGCUUGCGGCGUUGUUUAAGGACGAUACAGUCCUCCAAAUCGACCAGGACACGCAGCCGGCAAGGGCGCUGAAGCGUGCGAUCCAUGAGUACUACGCCGAGCAUGAUGGAGAGAAUAAAGAUCUGGGAUUCGAGGUGGAUUACCGGUACAAGUCGUCGGUGCUGGUUGUGGACGAUGAGGAUGAUUGUGCGAUCCCUACUUGGACCAGCAGACACUACACGCCCAGUACUUAUCCGGGUCAUCGGGCGCCGCAUAUCUUCUUGUCUGAUGGGUCGGCUCUGUACGACCACUUUGGAAAGCACUGGACUUUGUUGCGGUUCGUAGAUGAGGCAUCGGUUUCGAGGGUUCUUUUGGAGGCGGCGAAAAAGCAGGGUGUGUCUGUUGUCGAAGUCGAUCUCGCGGCUGAGCCGCUAGCGGUGAUAUUGUACGAGAGGAAACUCGUGCUUGUCCGACCUGAUAUGCAUGUUGCGUGGAGGGGCGAUGCUGUGGAUGGCGCGGACGCGGAUCGAAUACUGCGGACUGUCACUGGGAGAGGGUCUUGCGCUUGACAAUGGUGCAGUGGGAUCAAGGCAGGUUACAGGCACUGAGGCAGACUGGCAUGGAUCUGCACUUUUCCUUUUCUUCCAAACUUCCCCCAAUCUCCUCUCAAGAUAAUGAUUGUCGUCGCUGUGGGUAGGCGUGGACUUCACAAGGUGGACACUGGCUUAGCU